GUAAUAAAUGAUAAAUGCGUCUUUAGCGGCAGGCUAGGCAGGAAGCAGACCACGCUUGGCGCUUGGCUCGGUGCUUGCUGCUGGGCCCUCGAUGAAGCGCGCACCGUGCUGCGAGGCUGAGAACAGCGAGCGCUAUGCGCCUGGUGCCAAGCGGCAAGCGCUGGUGUCGGCGAGCGGCGUGGGGCCUCACCCGCCCGCCGCGGGGCCCUACGGACCAGGCCAACAUGGCGGGCAUCCCGGCGCCGGUGCCAAGCUGGCGUGCGGGCCUGUCGCGCCCGGGCUGCAGCCGGGCCAAGUGGGGGGACCAGGCGCCGUCUGGGGUGGUGGUGUGGGGGUUGGUGGAGCUGCAGCAGCGGCGCAACAGCCGCAGCUCGCCGUGCUGAGGCAGCAGCAGGCGCCGUCGGCGACUGGCGCCGGGCCGCUGGCACCGCCGCUCCACGCGCCGCAUCAUGCCGGCUACCAACAUCAGCAACAGCAGCAGUGGACACAGCAACAGCCGCCGCAACAGCGACAGCCGCUUGCGCACCAGCAGCAGGCACCACCGCACUCGCAGCCGCAGCCCCAGCCGCCUGCACCUCACAGCCAGGGCGCACCGCCCGGAGUGCACUCCUCAUUGCCGGCAUCUGCGACCUCGAGGCCUGCGUCUGCUCCAGCUCAGUCCCAGCAUGGCCAUCACUAUCACCAACAGCCACAGCCACAGCCGCAGCCUCAACAGCAGUAUCCUUACGCUGGGGCCGUCACGGGGCAACCCCGACUGCAGCACCACCACCAACCCCAGACAUACCAGCCACACGGUCAGCACCAAACACAGCCGUGGUCGCACGAGCAACACGCACACCAAGGCCAGCAGCCACCGCUUGUUCAGCAGCCGCAGCAGAUACAGCAACACCCAUACCAGCAACACUCCAUGCCCCACGCCACGUCAAACGGCGCGCCGGCCGGCACUCAUUCCGACUUCCCCACCCGCACAUCCAGCUCGCAGCCAGAACCCCGGGGAGCGCCCGAGCCGUGGCGGUGCGGUGUGGGAGGCGGCGAUGGUGCGGUCGGCGGCAAUCUCGGCGGCGCCGGAGGAGGAAGGCCUGGCAGCACCAGUAGCGCAGGCGCCACGGGCCAGAGCACUAGCUACUCGUGGCAGCAGCCACACCAGGCCCAGCCCCACCUCCAGUACGCACACCAACUCCGCAGGCAGGCGUCUGCAGGCAGCGGCUGGCCCGUGAGGGCCGCGGCGGGCGCAGCGGCAGUAGCGGCAGCAGCGACAGGGGCCUCGGGAGCAGCAGCCUGGGGAGCAGCGGGAGGGGCAGCCUCGGCAUCACAGGGUGACACGGCGCGAGGAACGCGCGCACAACCUCCAGCGCCGCAGCCGCCACAGCCGCAGCAGCAUCCGCCGCCAGUGCCGCAGCCACAGCCGCACACGGUAGCGCCGUCGACGAUGGGCGGGGCCGUGGCUGCCAGGGGCCCUCCACUCGGCGCCAACCCAUAUCAACAAGCACAGCAGCCACAACCGGGCGGAUCUGCGGGCGCCCCCCACCCGCCUUGGCUGCACCAGCCUCACGCACAGCACCCCCAGAACCAACAGCAACAACAGCAGCAGUCACAUCCACGUCCGCAUGCGCGGCAACAAGCACAGCAGCCACAGCAGCAGCAGUCGCACGCGCAGUACCUGCAACAGCAGCAGCAGCAGCAGCAGCAGCACUGGCAGGCAUAUGCCAGCCGUGCACCGGCUGGUGUUGCGUGCCCACAAGUCGCCCUGAAGAGACCCAGGAGCAGCGGCAGCGGCGGAGGUGACAUCAGCAAUAGCUGUGGCGGCAGCGCCUGUGGCAGCACUCUCCUUCCCUUACCUGCACAACGCCCAGUCGCCACCAGCAGUGCGGCUACGGCUGCUGCCACUGCUGUCACUUCUGCUGGCCCAGGCCCAGGCCCGGGCGCGGCCUCUGCUGCUGCUCCGACGGCAGCUGCAGCGGUAGGGACAGCGGCGCUGGCGCCCGGCACUGCUGGCCCUGCAGGGCCGGUUCACCACGUGAGCGCGUGGCCCGGUGCGGCCGCACCUGCAGCUGCGCCUGCAGCUAUCGGCGGGCCUCUCGGCGCCGGGGCAGGGGCAGCGCUCCCCGGCCAAGGACAGUUGCUUGGUCAGGCGGGGCCUAGUCUGCAGCCGGCAACCGGGCAGGCACAGCGCCAGCCGUCGCCGCAGCCGCUGCCGCUGCAGCAGCAGCAGCAGCGGCAGCAGCAGGUGGCCCUGGGGGCGGCUGGGCCCUGCACGGCGCUUGCACCGCCCCACUGUCCGCGGGAGGGGCCGCCACUCUCGGCGGCUGCAGGUGCUGGUGCUGCUACUGCGACUGUGCCUGCUGCAGGUGCCAGUACUGCCGGCAUCGCCCACAGCCCCGCAGCCAUGUUUGCUGAGGCGCUGGCGAUGAGCGCAGCGCUGGCUGGCACACGCACGGACACCCACGCCCAUACCCAUACAGCCGCCGCCCACUCGGCACCGGGUGCGGCUGCGGCUGGGGCUGGGGCUGAGGCUGCGGCCACCAGGAUACCCGGGCCGGCACCCGCCUCGAUGGCGCCGGCGCCGGUGCGGGCGGCUCCCGCUGCAGUCCCGGCGGCGGUGGCUGCAGCGCCGGCUGGUGUGGGCCUGUCUGGCGGCUACCUUGCAGUGGGCGGCGGCGCCCCUGCCGCGCCCGCAGCAGCAGUAUCAGUGGUAGCAGCACCAGUAAUGGCGCCGGCGCGCCCAGGAGGCGCGGCAGUGGCAAGAGCUACAGCGGCAAUGAUGGUUGCAACAGCAGGAGGAGGGGGGCCAAGUGAAGGUGCGGCGGCGGCACCGGCGCCAUCACCGGCACCACCACCAGCGGCGGCCGCUGCUGGCCCCGCCCAUGCCGCCGGCAACGUCAUGCCGCCCCAGGAGAAGCUCAAGAAGCCGCUGCGGCUGGCUCUGCGCGACUGGAUCCCGCACGCCGGCGUGGUGGCGGCGUUCGAGGCCAAGGGCGUCACCAAGCUGUACCCCUGGCAGGCUGCGGCUCUGGAGUGCGGCGAGGACGGCUCCAACCUGGUCUACUGCGCGCCCACCAGCGGUGGCAAGAGCCUGGUGGCCGAGGUGCUGCUCAUCCGCCGCCUGCUGGCCGCGCGCCAGGCCGCGGCGCAGGCGGCCCGGAUGCAGGCGCAGCAGCGGCGGCAGCGCGGAGGGCCCCCACCGCCGCCGCCGCCGCCCCCCGCCCGGGCGCUGCUGGUGCUGCCGUACGUGUCCAUUGUGGCCGAGAAGGCGGAGCACCUGGCGGCGGUGCUGGGGGCGCCGCUGGGGGCGCGGGUGCGGGGCUACGCGGGGGCGGAGGCGGAGGGCGGAGGCGGCGCGCCGCUGUCGGCAUCGGACGAGGUGCUGGCCAUCGUGACCAUGGAGAAGGCCAACAGCUGCGUGAACCGGCUGGUGGCGGAGGGGCGGCUGGGCGAGCUGGCCUGCGUGGUGGUGGACGAGGCACACAUGGUGGCGGACCCAACCAGGGGUAUCUGCCUGGAGCUGUGCCUCACCAAGCUGCGAUUCGCCGCACACGCCGCCGCCGCCGCCAGGGCAGCCGCCGCCGCAGCCACCACAGCCGCCACAGCCGCCAGGGCCGCGCCUGGCCGGACCACCGCCAUCACCGCCACCCCCUCCAAACCCUCUCCCUCCACCUCCCCCUCCACCUCCCCGCCUGCCUCCCUCUCCCCCGCCAGCUCCCUCUCCUUCUCCUCCUCCUUCUCCUGCCAGCUGGUGUGCAUGUCCGCCACCAUGUCGGGCCUGGGCGACAUGUGCGGCUGGCUGGGGGCGCGGCUGUUCAUGACCAACUUCAGGCCUGUGCCGCUGACCGAGUACGCGGUGUUCCGCGGGCGGGUAUUCCGCAAGCUGGGCCGCCAGGAACUGCAGGCGCGGCAGGCGGCGGCACUGGGGGCGGAGAAGGAGGAGGCGGACAAGGAGGAGGCGGACAAGGGGGAGAAGGUGGAGAAGGAGAAGGAGGGGGCGGAGAAGCAGGUGCAGGCCGUGGCGACAAAGCAGACCUUAGAGGCUGCUACAGCCAGCACAGCUACGGCUGCUGCUGCGGCUGCUGCUACUGCCUCCGCCUCCUCCGCCUCCGCCUCCUCCUCCCUGGCUGUGCCCGAGCCGCUUGUGGAGGAGCGGGAGCUGCCCCAGUCGUGCGGCCGGGACCCGGACCGUCUGGCGGUGCUGGUGGCGGAGACGGCGGCGGCGGGGCACUCCUGCCUGGUGUUCUGCGCCAGCAGGUCCGCGUGCCAGGGCGCGGCCUCGUUGUUGGCUGAGCUGCUGCCGCCGCGCCUGCCGCCGCCCACCCCCGAGACGGCGGCGGGGCGGCGGGCGCUGCUGGCGGCGCUGGCGGACGAGUGCGGCGGCUACCUGUGCCCCCAGCUGCAGAGGCUCAUCACCGCGGGCCUGGCCUACCACCACGCCGGCCUCACCAGCCAGGAGCGGGCGGCGGUGGAGCGCGGCUUCCGGCGCGGCCUGCUGCACACCCUCACCGCCACCUCCACACUGGCGGCCGGCAUCAACCUGCCCGCGCGCCGCGUCAUCCUGAGGUCGCUGUGGCAGGGCGUGGGCCCGGUCAGCCGCGCCCAGUACCUGCAGAUGAUCGGCCGCGCGGGCCGAGCAGGCCAGAGCGCCGUGGGCGAGGCCUUCCUGCUGGGCAAGGGCGCCCCGCACGGGCUGGGCGGCGGCGGCGAGUGGCGCGAGGUGUGCCGCCUGAUGACCGCCCCGCUGCCGCCGCUGCGCUGCUGCCUGCUGGACUGCCCCGCGGCGGGGGGAGGAGCGGGCGGCGCAGCGGCGGCGGCGGCGGGCCCGGCAGUGCAGGGGGGAGGGCAAGGAGUAGCAGGAGGGGCAUCAGGAGGAGGAGGCGCGGGAGGAGGAGGCGCGGGUGCAGGCAGCGGUGCCGGCAAGGCUGGCGCGGCUGCUGCUGCGGGAGGUGGGGGCGCUGGCGGCGGUGGGGAGGGCCGGCAGCAGGGCGAGACGCACCUGCAGCGUAUGCUACUGGAGGGCAUUGCCAACGGCUCGGUGUCCUCGGGCGCGUCCGUGGAGGCACUCAUACGGAGCACGCUGCUGUACCAGCAGACCGGCUACGGCCACAUCGCCGCCGCCACCCGCGCCGCGCUGGCGGCACUGAGGCAGCGCAAGCUCGUCACAUUCAGCCCGCCCUCGCCAGCAGCCGCAGCAGCAGCAGGGGCAGGAGCCGCAGCAGCAGCAGGGGCAGCAGGGGCAGGGGCUGCUCAGCUGCAAGGGCAGCCAGGCGGCAAGCGCGGGGUGGCGGCGGCGGCGGCUGUAGCACCUAGCGGUGGCGGCGGCGGCAGUGGCGGCGGCGGCGGGCAGCCGGCAGCAGCUGCCGCUGCGGCGGGCGGCGGCGCGGCGGCUCAGUGGCGGCCCACUCAGAUGGGUCGGGCCAUUUACGAGUCCUGCCUGCCCACGGCGGUGGGGGAGGACCUGUACGCUAGGCUGUCCGCCGCCCGCUCCGGCCUGGCUCUGCAGGGCGGCCUGCACCUGCUGGCGCUGCUGCAGCCGGAGCCGCCCGCCUGCGCGCUGGAGGGCAUCGCGCUGCUGGAGGGGCUGUCGCUGCAGGCCGCUGCCGGCUGCCGGCGCGAGCUGCUGCCGCUGAUGGGCGUGCCGGGCAUGACGGGCGCGAGGGCGCGGGGGCUGUUCGCGGCGGGCAUCACCCAGCCCGCACUGCUGGCGGUGGCGGCGGAGGAGGACGUCAAGAAGGCUCUGGCCUCCUCGCUGCCGCGCGCUCUGCGCCAGGCCGCCCGCCUGCCGCCGCCCGCCGCCGCCGCCGCCGGGGGUGGCAAGGCCGCUAGCAGCAAGGAGGAGGUGGCCGCCGCCGCCGCGGCCGCCGCCAACGGCAACGCGGUGCUGGCGCGCGGCGCGCGGGCGCUGGUGGCGGCGGCGCGGCAGCACCUGGGCGCGCUGGCGGCGGAGCUGGCGGAGCAGGAGGCGGCGGUGGAGGCGGCGGAGGCGGCGGCAGCGGCGGCGGGAGAGGGCGGCGGCGAGGCCCAGCGCGCCGCCGCCACCCGCGCCGCCCUGGAGGCCGCCCAGCGGCUGGAGGCGCAGCUGCGGGCGGCGGGCGGCAGCCGCGAGGCCGCCCUGCAGGAGCUGCAGGCAGCUCCCGCUGCUGCUGCUGCGGCCGCCGACACUACUGCUGCCGCUGCUACUGCUGCUGCCGCUGCUACUGCUGGGGAGGGGGAGGCGGCAGGAGCGGCGGCGGGGACUCGGGGCGGGGUGGCGACGCAGGCUCGGCCUGUGCCCCAGCCGGCCAGCCUGCGCGGCUCGGCUCGUGUGGUGGAGCUGAGUGACGGCAGUCGGCCUGAGGUGGUGGCGGCGUUUAUGGAGGCCUGGCGCGCGCAGCCCAGCUUCGCCCUGGGGGUGGUGUCUAGCCGCCCCCUGCUGCUGCCGCCCGAGCAGCGGGCACAGCAGCUGAGGGCGCAGCAGCAGCAGCAGCAGCCCACACAGCCGCGUGCGGCGGCGGCGGCGGCGGCGGGGGCGCAGCCGCAGCCGUCGCCGCCGCCUGGGCCGCAGGGCGGAGGGGGUGCAGCGCGGAGCGGGGACGAUGGCGGAGGUGGCGGCGGUGAGGCGGCUGCAGCGGCGGCGGUGCAGGCGGCCCCGGCGGCGGUGGUUGAGGGGCUGGUGGUCACGUGGGGCUUCACCGAGGCAGUGCUCCUCAACUUCACCGCCCCGCCGCCGCCGCCGCAGCAGCACCCCCAGCAGCAGCAGCCGCAGCAGCAGCAGCAGCAGCAGCGGCCGAAGGCGGGCGCGCGGCCAGCGGCGGGUGGCGGUGGCGCGGGCGGGUCCGGGUCCGGGGGGGCUGUGGGCACCAAGCGGCGGCGGGCUCCUGAGGGCGUGGUGGAGCUGGAAGAGGAGGAGGUGGUGGUGGCGGGGGACGGGCAUGGCGGUGGCGGCGGCACCAGUCGCGGCGCCAGUGGCGGCGGGGGGCUGCAUAACUCGGCGCUGUGGCGGGCGGCGUGUGAGGUGCUGGCGGCGGCGGGCCGUGGCGGCGGCGGUAGUGGUGGCGGCGGCGGCGGCGGCGUGCGCAUUGUGGCGUGGCAGGCGGAGGCGCAGCUGGCGGCGCUGCUGUCGGCGGGCUGCCCGCUGGCGGCAGCGGGUGGCAGUAGCAGUGGCAGUAGCAGCGGUAGCAGUAGCAGUGGGUGGGACGACCCAGGUGUGAUGGCCUGGCUGGCGUACGGCUCGGCGGGGCCGCAGGAGCUGUCGCUGCCCCAGCUGCAGCGGGCCGUGCUGCCCGCCUACGCGGUGCGGGUGCCGCUGCAGCCGCGCGCCGCCGCCACCGCCGGCCUGAGGGCGGCGCUGAGCGCCUGGGCGCUGGCGGGGCCGCUGCGGGCGCGGCUGGCGGCGGAGGGGCUGGCGGCGCACUACAGGCUGGUGGAGGCGCCGCUGACCGCCGCCCUGGCGCGCACCCGCGUCAACCUGCUGCCCAGCAGCAGCAGCAGUAGCAAUGGAGGGGGGUGUGGCAGUAGCAAUGGAGGGGCCUGUGGCAGUAGCACCGGCACGGCACCGGCUGCGGCGGCGGCAGCUGUUGCGGCGGCGGGCGGCGGCCUGGCCCUGGAUGUGCCCGCCUGCCGCCGCCAGCUGGCCCGCGCCGCCGCCUGCCUGGCCGCCUGCGGCCGCCUGGCGGCCGCCCUCACCCAGCCUCCCAUGCACCCACAACAACACCAGCAGCACCAACACCAACACCAGCACCACCAGCCAUAUCAACACCAGCACCACCAGCCUCCACCGCCAGCGCCCCCCUGCCUGGACCUGCGCCGCCCCGCAGUUGUGGAGGCGCUGUGCCGCCGGGCCUUCCUGGCCCGACUCAGACCCGGCGGCGGCGGCGCACCCGCCACGUUGCCCCUGGACCUGGCACUGCAGGCGCAGCACUGCGGCAGCUGCGACGGAGCCGGCGGUGGUGGUGGUGAGGAGGGGGCGCCGGUGAAGCGGGCGGAUGCGGCGGCGUGGGGCCCGCGCGUGGAGGCGUACGGGCCGCGGCCGGGGCCGCCGCUGCCGCCGCGGGAGCGGGCGGUGGCGGAGGCGGUGGCGGCGCUGCUGGCGCGUGCGGCGGCGGCGCGGGAGGAGGAGGCGGGGCUGAGGGCCUUGCUGUGGGCGGCUGGGGAGGUGGCGGCGGAAGUGGAAGGGGCGGAGGAGCUGUCAACCGCGCCAGCUGGUUCCGGAGCAUCAGCAGCGGCGGCGGCGGCGGCGGCCUCGGGCGGCGCGGCUCGCUUUGCGCUGCAGCGGGCGGGGCUGGAGGGCCGACUGCGGUGCGUGUACCGGGGAGGCGGUGGCGGUGGUGGGGGCGGAGACGGCGCCAGUACGGCCGGUGCCGCUGCUGAUGGUGCUGCCGCCGCCGGCGCGGCUGGCGCUGCUGCUGCGGCUGCCGAGGUGGCGGCGGUGGCGGCCGCGGGCGCUGACGCGGUGGUGGUGGUGUCGGAGCUGACGGCGGCGGGGCUGGCGGCGCAGCCCCCCAGUGCGGGACCGGGCGGCGGUGGCAGUGGUGGCGGUGGUGCCCCUGCAGGCCGCGGCCCGGCCUCGCUGCAGCAGCGCUACUGCUGCACGCCGGCGGGGGAGGCGGCGCUGAGGGCGCUUCUGCCACUGCCCGUGCUAUUCGCCGAGGACCUCCCGGGCCCCAGCCCAGGCACCGGCCCGGGCCCUGCCGCGGCUGCGGGCGGGUGCCCACCAGCACCCCCAGGCCCGCCGCCUCCGCCGCCUCCGCCGCCUCCGGUGUUGCGGUGGGGCCUGCUGCUGGACUUCCAGCCGCCCGGCCCCAGGCAGGCGCUCACCUUCGAGGAGGCGGAGGCGGAGGCAGGCGGAGGCGGCGAGGGAGUGGGGAGAGCCAGCAGCAGGUGCCACGUGGCGCUGGUGGCCGCGGCCGACCCCCUCACCGGCCAGCCUGUCCACACCGUGGCGCCCGCUGCCCGCCUGUGGGCGGCGGACGACUGCGCCCGCUGCCUGCCGGCACUGGCGCAGGCGGCGGAGGCGGCGGCGGCGGGGGCAGCGCCGGGAACAGGGACGGGGGCUAUGGCGGGGAUGGCGGGCGCUGGAGCAGGAGCAGGAGGUGGCUGGGGCGUUGCGGGCCUACCGGCUGGCAUGCCGACCCCAGCCCCAGCCGCCGCGGCCGGCUCGGCGGUGGAGUGGGCGCUGCGGCGGCUGCUGGCCAUGGCCGUGGCCCCGCCGCAGUUUCUGCGCUGCGCCGCGGAGGACCUCCUGCAGCCGCCGCCGCCCACACCCGUGCACACUGCAGCCGCACGGCCAAAAGCACCCUCCUCCUCCUCCUCACUCUCCGCCCCUGCUACUGCCGACCCACAGCGGCAGCUGCUACGGGUCCCCGCUCCCCCGCUCCCUCUCCCUGCCCCUGCCCCUGCCCCUCCCCCUGCCCCGCUCCCCGCCUACCCCUGCCGCUGGGUGUUUGUGUGUGUGGCCUACCCCUACCUGCCGCUGGCGGCGGCGGCGCACCUCAGCGGCGACCCGGGGCUGACCGCGGCGCUGUACGCCCCGCAGCCCUGGGCGGCGGUGGCGGCGGCGUGGGAGGCCAGCCAGGGACAGCAGCUGCGCCGGCUCCUGGGCCUGGUGCGACACCGCAGCGGCAGCAGCGGAAGUGCCGCACAGGCUGCAGCCGCCAGCGGCAGCGGCGCGGCCGCGGCCCCGCCGCCGCCGCCUGCUGCUGCUGCGGUGGUGGAGCUGGCGGCUCGUCAGGUGCUGGUGGCGGCGCUGGCGGGCGGCUGCAGCCACAAGCAGCUGGCCACCGCACUGGGGCUGGCAGGAGGAGGCGGGGGAGCAGGAGGCGGCGGCAAGGCGGCGGCGGCGGCGCUGCUGGCGGGCUUCCUGGCCGCUUUCCCCGGGCUGGCCAAACACAGGGAGGAGCUGCCGUCCCGGGUGCGCAGGGACGGCCACCUGUCCACCCCCGCCGGCCAGCGCCUGCGCCCGCCGCUGCGACACCUGGCGGCGGCGGCGGCAGCAGCAGGCGGCGGCGGCGGCGGCGGCGGUGUGGGCGCCCUUGCCAAGCUGCAGCGGCUGCUGCUGCGGCUGCAGCUGGGCGCGGCGGCGGGCGAGGUGGUGCGCACGGCGGCGGCGCUGUCGCUGGCGGCGGUGGACGACGUGCUGGCGCAGCACCACCACCACCGACUGCUACAGCCGCCACAGCCGCCACCAGUGGCAGUAGCAGCGGCGCCGGCGGCGGCUGGAGGCGCACUACAACAGCAGCAACAGCAGCAGCAGGUGGCGGGAGUGCUGGGGCCAGGGGCGGCGCCUGCGGGGCCCGUGCCGGACCCGCCGCGUGCGGGGCUGGUGUGGUGCGGCGACGCGCGCAUAACGCUGUGUGUGCCCGUGCCCGUGCGGCGGCGCGGCAGCAGCAGCAGCAGCGGCCGGGAUCCGGAUCUGGAUCCGGCUGUGGAUCCAGAUCUGGAUCUGGAGCCGCUGCUGGCGGCAGUGAACGGCGCGGCUGGCGGCGGCGUGAUGGCGCACCUGCGGCUGCGUGUGCCGCUGCACGUGAGCGUGUACAGCGGGCGGCGGUUGGCGCUGACAGGCUGCGAGCAGUACGUGCCGGGGGGCGGCGGCGGCGGCAAGUGAGCGGGUGAGCGAAGGGGGGGCGCGGAGUCAACGGGAAGAACAAGCAGGGGGCAGUCGUGGGGAGGAACGGAGCGAGUGAUGGGGUUUUGCAGGUGGAGCUGAGAGGGUUGAGGCAGGCGUUGUAGCAGUCAUUGCCGGUAAAAGUCUAACUUGCUCGCCAAGGGACCUCCGUGGGUAGGUAGGAGCCUUGUGGGAGGUGUACCGCCCACAGGCGUGGGGUCGAGGGGCGGGGGCCCAGCUGUGUGAGCGGCAUGCAGGAGCACAGCACUGUAUAUCUGUGAUUGAGAGUGACGGUGAGUGGCACUAGCAGUAACAGGUGGCAGCGGCAGGAUGUGGACGCAGUGUGUCAUGCAUGUCAGUGCAAGCUGUGUCGGGGGAGCAUUCAUGUGUGGUGACGAACCUGCGAACAGUACCGGUAUGUAAGAACGGAAUGUU